UCGACGGCCAGUGUUGCCAGUCAGCCGGCGAACACGUUUUAUUUAUUCGUUUCGUUGGAAAAUAAAUAAACGUAGCUUUUCCGUAUUUCUUAACUUAAUAAAGAUAAUAAAUAAGUUUUAGCUAAAUCUUGAUAAAUGGGACGAAACAAGAAGCAGAAUCCCUUUGCGGCGCGCAAGCGGCAAAAGCGGGAGAACGCUCCCGAGCGCCCCGAUCGCCGCGCCCUGCCGUACGAGGAGAUCAAGCGGGACAACGCCGCCUUCAUCAAGUACUACCAUUUGCAGGCAAUCUGCGCAGACGAGGAUGAGUGGACGCAGUUCCUCGCCUCCAUCAGGGACAACCUGCCCACCACUUUCCGGGUGACGGGCUUCAAGGACGAAGCGAAGGCCCUGCUCUCCAUCAUUGAAACCCAACUCUUUACAGAAUAUGUGCGCGCGGUGGCCGAGCUGCACGAGAAGCGGCCCGAGGAGGUGGAGCGUCCGCUGUGCCUGCCCUGGUAUCCCAAUGGCCUGGCCUACCAGCUGCAUCUCACCCGCAAGGACAUCCGCCGCUCGGAGCCGCUCUACAGGCUGCACAAUUUCCUCAUCGUCGAGACAACGGCUGGUGGUAUUAGCCGGCAGGAGGCCGUCUCCAUGAUUCCGCCCAUCGUUUUGGAUGUCCGACCCACGGACAAAGUGCUCGACAUGUGCGCCGCUCCGGGCAGCAAGACGGCGCAGCUCAUAGAGGCCCUGCAUGCGGCGCCCGAGGAGCACAAGAUACCGCCCGGCUUCGUGCUGGCCAACGAUGUGGACAACAAUAGGUGCUACAUGCUCGUCCACCAGGCCAAGCGCCUUAACUCGCCCUGCCUGCUGGUCACGAACCACGACAGCAGCGCUUUUCCUAACUUGCUGGUCACCCAGUCGGAUGGCUCGCGCGGCAUCCUCAAGUUUGACAAGAUCCUCUGCGAUGUUCCCUGCUCCGGUGAUGGCACGCUGCGCAAGAAUCCCGACAUCUGGCUCAAGUGGAACCUGGCGCAGGCCUACAACCUGCAUGGCAUUCAGUACAGGAUUGUGAGGCGUGGCGCCGAGAUGCUCGAGGUGGGCGGUCGCCUGGUUUACUCCACCUGCUCGCUUAAUCCCAUCGAGAACGAGGCGGUGCUGCAGCGCAUCCUCAAGGAGGCCGACGGAGCACUGGAGCUGGUGGAUGCCGGACAUUUAGUGCCGGGUCUUAAGUACAAACCGGGGAUGACGCAGUGGAAGCUGGCCACCAAGGAGGUGGACCAGAUCUUCACCAGCUUCGACGAGGUGCCCGAGAGCCUGCACACCAUCAUACGACCCGGCAUGUUCCCUUUGCCCGAAGAGGAGAUGAAGAAAAUAGGCCUGGAGAAGUGCCUGCGCGUGUUGCCGCAUCUCCAGGACAGCGGCGGCUUCUUUGUGGCCGUCCUGGAGAAGCGUCGUCGGCUGGAUUUCGAGAAGAACGACGUGGCCGCCGUGGUGGAGCAGAACGAGCAGGUCAAAGAACCCCAACUGGAUGCGGAGGGCAAGCCCAUUGAAGAGAAAUCGGUGCCGUGGGGACCGCAGCGGAAGAAGCGACGCCUGCACGGCUACAAGGAGGAUCCCUAUGUGUUCUUCGGCGAGAACGAUGCCGACUACGCGGCCAUCAAGGAGUUCUACCAGCUGGACGAGUCCCUCAGCCAGCGCUGCCUGCUGACGCGUUGCGUUACCGACAAGAAAAAGAACAUCUACUACUGCUCCGACCGCAUACGCGAUCUGGUGGUCAACAACGAGCACAACAUCAAGAUGAUCAACACGGGCGUCAAGACCUUCGUGCGCUGCGAGAAUCGGCACACGGUGCACCCAUUCCGCUUGGCCCAGGAGGGCCUGCAGACCUCGAAUGCGUUCAUGGGCGCCAGCAGGCGCAUUCAAGUGGAGCGCGAGGAUCUGGUGAUGAUGCUCAACUGCACCGAUCCCACGCAGCCGCCGUCGACGCACGAGCUGCGGAAGGAGACCCAGGAGCGCUGCAAGGAACUGGGCGUGGGCAGCUGCAUCCUCAAGUACGUGGACGAGCGGUUCACCCUGUACACGGUGGGCUGGCGCGGCACCUCCAGCCUGCGCGCCUACGUCCACAAGGACGAGACCAUCCACAUCCUGCGGCUGCUGGGCGCCGAUCUCAGCAAGUUCGAGACCAACAAGUACGAGGAGGCGCGAGUGGCGGCCGCCGCGGCAGCUGCAGAAGCUGGAAAGGAUGCUGAAGUCGAAGGUGAAGCUGAAGGUGAAUCUGAAUCCUCGGGCGAAGGAGCAGCAACCACGCCCAUGGACACCGAAGAGGUGGCCACGAAAAGCUAG